GAUCAUAUUGCUGUUGAGAAAGAGUGUGUUGUUGCUGGGGAAAAUUAUGUUGCAACUGGGGAAGGGGAAGAACAAGUUGUUGAGAAAGAACUUGUUGCUGUUGAGGAAGAGCCUGCUGUUGCCGUUAAAAGGUUGGCAUCUAGCGUACUUGGGUGUGGUAAAAGAAAGGUUUGGCUUGAUCCAAACGAAGUGAAUGAAAUCUCUAACGCUAAUUCUCGCCAAGACAUCCGUAAACUCAUCAAGGAUGGUUUGAUCAUAAAAAAGCCGCAAACAAUUCACUCUAGAUUUCGUGUUAGACAAAAAUUAGAAGCCAAACGAAAGGGUCGUCAUACUGGACCCGGUAAAAGAAAGGGUACAUCUAAUGCACGUAUGCCUCAAUCUGUAUUAUGGAUGAGAAGACAACGUGUACUUAGACGUUUGUUGAGAAAAUAUCGUGAAUCCGGAAAGAUUGAUAAGCAUUUAUAUCAUAAACUGUACAUGAAGUCCAAGGGUAACGUUUUUAAAAACAAACGUGUAUUGAUGGAGUAUAUCCAUAAAGCCAAGGCCGAAAAAGCUCGUACCAAGUUGCUUGCCGACCAAGCUGAAGCUCAUCGCCAAAAGGCCAAGGCUGCUCGCGAGCGUCGUGCUCAACGCUAG